ACAAUCAGGUUUCCAAAACAGUGAAAGAUCUAAAAUUCCAAAGAAAAAUUGUAUUGUAUAAAUUGUGGUAUUUACUAUUUCAAGUACUUUUACUUGCAUGUCUAUAAUGACGCAGAUAAGUCUUUAAUAUUAAAUAUAUAUAAACUGUUGUAUUUAGAAUAAGAAUAGACAUAUGAUAGUGAUGAGGCGAUACUUUUUAAGAAUUUUGAGGCUUCGCAACCUUUUAGCCAUUACAUCAUUAGUCAUAUUACUGUACUUAGUCAAAAACAUCACUGAAAUUAAAACAAUAGCAGAUGUUGCCAAACCAGUCCAAGAAUCGUUAAAAAGCAUUUUACAGACAGAAAAUGAUGGAGAAUACUUUGUACCAACCAGCAUAAAGAAAAUUGACUGGCAUAAUUAUCAACAAAUUGACUAUGAAAGAAAACGUGUUGGUAUUGGAGAACAUGGUCUACCAGCUCACCUUCCACAGAAAGAUUCUGCAAUAGAGAAGGAACUUUACUCUGUAAAUGGUUUUAAUGGAGCUCUUAGUGACAAGAUACCUCUUAAUCGCUCUCUACCGGACAUACGUCAUCAAGGGUGCCAUAAGAGAAUGUACAUAGAGUCCUUGCCUACAGUCAGUGUUGUUGUGCCUUUUCAUAAUGAACACUGGAGUACAUUGCUCAGAACUGCAUACAGUGUACUUAACAGAUCACCGACAUUUUUAAUAAAAGAAGUAUUUCUUGUUGAUGAUGCCAGCACUAAAGAUUUCCUCGGAAAAAAACUAGAUGAUUAUGUAUCGAAACAUAUGCCUAAAGUUAAAAUUAUUCGCUUGGAGAACCGUAGUGGUCUAAUCGCUGCAAGAUUAGCCGGAGCCAAGCAGGCGAGUGCUGACGUUUUGUUGUUUUUGGACUCGCACACUGAAGCUAAUGUCAACUGGCUACCACCUCUGCUAGAGCCGAUCGCACUGAACCCCCGCACGGUGGUGUGUCCGUUCAUCGACGUGGUGGCUUUCGACACGUUCGAGUACCGCGCGCAGGACGAGGGCGCUCGCGGCGCCUUCGACUGGGAGCUGUUCUACAAGCGCCUGCCCGUGCUGCCGCAGGACCUGCAGCGCAUGCCGGAGCCCUUCGAGAGCCCGGUGAUGGCGGGUGGGCUGUUCGCGAUCUCACGCGUGUUCUUCUGGGAGCUCGGCGGGUACGACGCCGGCCUGGAUAUCUGGGGCGGGGAGCAGUACGAGCUCAGCUUCAAGAUUUGGCAGUGCGGGGGUCGCAUGCUGGACGCGCCGUGUUCCCGUGUGGGACACAUAUACCGCAAGUUCGCGCCCUUUCCGAACCCCGGACACGGAGAUUUCGUGGGACGGAAUUACAGACGUGUGGCUGAGGUGUGGAUGGAUGAGUACGCGCAGUACUUGUACCGUCGUCGCCCGCACUACUUGCGCAUCGAACCCGGAGACCUGACCCAGCAGAAGGCUCUGCGGGAGAAGCUACACUGUAAAUCCUUCCGCUGGUUCAUCACGCAGGUCGCUUUUGAUCUGACGGCGAAAUACCCGCCGAUCGAACCGAAUCCAUUUGCAGAAGGACAGAUACGGCCGGCGUACCAGCCGUCGCUGUGCGUGGACGCGCACCGCGGCGCGCAGCUGUCGGCGCUGCAGCUCACGGCGUGCGCGCGCGCCGCCGCCGCCGAGCUGGACUUCGUGCUGUCGUGGCACAAGGACGUGCGGUCCAAGAAUAGAAACAUGUGCUGGGAUGUGCCUGAUUCUUCUCCCAAGAGUCCAAUACUUCUGUACAGCUGUCACCUCGGUGGAGGAAAUCAAUUAUGGAGAUAUUACCCGGAUACAAAACGCUUGAAGCACGGCACCAACGACAAUUGUCUAGACUGGGAUCCGUCCACGCGCGCUCUGUACAUCAAACCCUGUGCAGACUCCUCCGAAACUCAGGAGUGGAUCAUAGACAACGUAGACCAUGACAUGUUAGAGAAGUGGGACAACAUCGCAAAACGAGUCUAUGGUCCGGUUGAAACAUACAAUGAGUAAAUAAUAUUUCGAUUUUUAUGUUAUUAAAUGAAAGGCAAACCGUAAAUUUAUGAAUCAUAGCGAAAUAUCAUACUUAGGACUAAAAAAGCACGCAAAACACUAUUUUAUUUUUAAGGUAUUUUUGUCUAUUCGUAAGAACUUGUAAUGUCUAAAUCUGUUUUCGAUGUGAUUUUUAAAUUUCGACUUGAGUCUUGUCUGCUGUCAGUAGCGUGCACAAACUAGAAUUUAUAUUAUGUAGAUAAGGAUUGUUGUAUAUAAAUUUAUUAUUUCGAUGACGGGAUGAGUAAAGUACCUUUGAUUUAAAAAAUCGAUUCGAUUUGAUUUCCGAACAGCUCUACUAUAUUAUACAAUACAAACAGUUCUUGAUUUAUCUUUAUUUAAAAUAUAUGCCAUUGUCAAAAACUUCAACAGCUUCGCCUGCAGGCGUCAUCCAAAAUGGCAUUUUUUUUAAAUCACGAUUUCAUUAAGAUCAAUGAUAUCAUGUCAAUUCAAGUUUUUUUUUAUUUUUAUAGUAUAGGUUGGCGUACGAGCAUAUGGGCCACCUGAUGGUAAGUGGUCACCAACGCCCAUAGACAUUGGCAUUGUAAGAAAUGUUAACCAUCACUUACAUCACCAAUGCGCCACCAACCUUGGGAACUAAGAUGUUAUGUCCCUUGUGCCUGUAAUUACACUGGCUCACUCGCCCUUCAAACCGGAACACAACAAUACCAAGUACUGCUGUUUUGCGGUAGAAUAUCUAAUGAGUGGGUCGUAGGUACCACCAGGAAUCGACUAUACAUUCGACCGUUAAGACAUUUAACGAAUAUAUUAUAUUUUUAUGAGUAAAUUUCAGUGUUUGAAAGUUUUGAUAUUUUAUUCAAAAAGAAUAUACUAAUUGUUGUUACGACAUUGUCAUUCCGCAUAUUGUUCGGCAUUAUUGUCAAAAUCUAUAUGAGUUUUAUUGAUUAUUCGAAUGUACUUAAAAGCUAAAAAGAGACUAUGAGAUUAUUUUUUUAUAAUGUACGAGUAUCUAAUGACAUUAGAAAACCUAUUUUUUUUAUCGUGUAAUUUUUUGAUAAUAAAUCGAUCUCUAAACGGCAAUAAUUUAAUAUAAAUUAUUUGAAAAGUUGAAAUCCAAAGUCAAUUUGUUACUAAUGUUAAUUGGUUACUAAUGUUUUGCUAAUAUGGCGGCGUCGUAUUUGUUUUAUAAUUAAAUUGUAAAAAAAAAACAUUGUAUUUUAUAUAAGUUUUUUUAAUAUACAAUAUAUAGCGGUUAAGUGAUUAAUGUUCAAUUAAUUUCUAAUACUCCUGAUUAUAAACAACGAAAUAAAAACAUAGAUAUACUUAAAACAUAAUUUGUCUUGAAGUAUUUGUAUAUUUUUGUAUAUAUAUAUUUUUACACCAAUAUAUUUGGUUUUAUGGACACUACCAUUGGUAGCUCGUGAAAUGUGCAGUAAAAUUUGAUCAAUUAGUAUUUAAAAAUGUAAAUUGGUGUGUAGCGAGUUGAACUUAGAUGUAGCCAUAGGACGUUUUGUUAUAGAGAUGUGUAUUUUUGUCUAUGUUUUAGGAUUUACAGAUUAAAUAUUUAAUAAUUGUCUCGAGAUUUAGUAUAAAAUUGUUUGACUAUGUAGUUUUCUAAGAAAAUGUUAUUAUUAAGCUUGAAAGAAUAUGAGUAUAUUUUAAUGAUAUUAAUUAUUUAAAAUGGAAUAUUAUAUGAAUACAUUACGCCUGUUUCGUUAUA